AUCGAAGUGCGUUGUGGGGGGAGAGAGGAGGGGGGAGAGGUGAGGGUGGGAGGAGCCAACGCUUGGAGCAGACCGUGGCUCUGGCGAGGGAGGGGUGGAUGCAUCCCCCUUCUCUCGGUCGUUGGUGACACGAUCCAGCGAGAGGACCCACCCCCGGACCCUUGGAGUUUGUUGAUGCCAUCCACCCGGCAUAUCGGCCUUCAGGCCAAAACCGCGCCGUCACCGACAGUUAUGUGGGGAAUACGGAAGAGCUCUACACGGCGCGUGGAUUAACUGCCGGCCACACGCCUGCAUGCACGGACGCCACACCAACAACGUCUGAAGGUGCGAUCCACCUCCUCCCCCUCCCAUUGCCCGUGGCUCUCUGGUCGUCGUCGAUGUGCCUGGUGUCGAGAGGACUGUGAUGAUCGGUCAGUUGACGUCAGAGCCGCGCUGCUGUUCCUCCUGAUGUUGUCGUUGCCGGUCGUCGACGCUGCAGAACGAAGACGUGGUAGAUGAGGUUGUACAAAUCUUGGUGGAUGUGAAGGUUGCAGAUGAUGUCGACACACUCCUCAGCCCGAACUAAACAGCAACACGUUCAACUGAAAGACAUCAUCUACAAGCACUCAUCGUGUGCAAAUGCUUUAUCUAUAACUACUUGUAUACACAGACUUGUAUCUACGAACACCAUGUGUAAUGGAACUUUGCAGGGCGAGUAAGAUGGCGGAAAUCUGCAUUCCCACAGACCGAGUGCCAGCCGACAUCCUGCACCGCCUGAAGGCCAUCGGUCAGCUCCUUCAGUCCGAGACAUCGUGCGCCUCGCAGGCGGUGGGUCAGUCGUCGUCGUCGUCGUCUGCUGUGAUGAGAGAAAAAGACAAUAAUACCUACGACGAGGUGGACGGCUCACUGGAAGUAGACAGAACUGGGAGACGUGUAGAGACGAGAGUCAGCUCGGGGACGAAGGACAAAGGUGACGUGGUGUCUGCUCUCACGAGGACCUCUCCUGAGAAACAAGUGGAGCAAGGUGAGAGGUCAUCAACUCAAGACAUUCGCCAAGACAUGUUUGUGCUACAACAGCAACAGCAGGCUCUCCACCAGCUACACCAAAGUCAGACCAACCUUCGCCAACAUCAGACACAUGGCGCUAAAAGGGUCUCGACAUUUAGUUCGCAUGUUGAUGAUGGUGUGAUAGACGACACCAGGCUUGACCCGUCCUGCCAAAGGUCGAGGUCGCCGAGUCAAGGAGAAGUGGGUGCCCAGGACAUCCUGCGGCAGAGACGCACCAUGAGAAGUCCGUUUGUCCCUGACUCUAAGGCAAGUUUUAGCUCUGGUCCCCCAGGGAUGUCUAGAGAGACUGCACACCGCUCGGCCUCGUUCGGUCAGACUUCGGCCAUGGAUGAUGACGACGACAUUGUUCGGAUAUUUCCGUCUACUUCCGUUGCUGCCCCAGCAGAUGUUGGAUACCAGCAGAGUCCCAAGGUCUUGACUCCCCCAGAAACUCCCGAGAGCGAAGGCAAGAGGAAGGUCAAAGACGUUUUCACAUUCGACGACCUUGCCUGCACGGAAGAACUUCUGAGACAAACGAUGGAGAAGAUGAGCCAGCUCCAGGAACAGACGAGUCAGACGAGUCCAGUCAGACGGGAGGUCUGAGUGCAGUAGGCUCACGUCAUCUGUCUCCUCACUGUGCUCGUGGAGGAGAGGCUCAAGGUUCACUUCACAAGGCUCCUCGCUCCGCCCCGGCUGACCUUCACCUCUUGCAGUGCGCCGACACUCCAGUCAGGAAGAGGCUCAACAUGGACGGAAUGUCCUGUCGCGGCUUCUCGUCCUCCCAGUCCACCUCUAUGGAAGACUACCCCGUACGGCAACGCAGAAACUCUCUGUCGCCGCAGUCCCAACGGACGCGGAGCUACGAGCACGGAGUCGGAGGACUCUUUGUCCACUCUCUUCCACGCACUUACGACACCGUCGGCGCUCCAUACCCACCGGCCAGCCCUCGACAGACCUCGACAACCUCCGCUGGUGAUGGAGAUGGGGGUCGUGCGGACUUUCCGUUCUAUGCCUACCGCCACGAGGGUCAGCAGGUCGUAAUGGGUGGUGCAGGUAACACUCCCACCAAACAACUGUCACCCUUCACCUCUGACAGAACGUGCUUCCCAGAGAGACCCCUCCUGACGUCCAGCACGCAGUUGCAUGGCAGAGGCACCCCCGGGUAUGAAGAAGACGAGAUGACAGGACCCAUGUCGAGCUAUUUUCUCCCUACCCAGUUCUCAUACAACAGCGCUAAUCACCUGGAGCUACAAGCCCGACUAACUAUGCAAGGAGACAGAAACACUCCAAAGAGAAGGCGGCCAGACUUCGAUGUCAUGGGCGAUGAGCGAGACCGGGCUUACUGCACAUGCGCAGUGAUGGAGGGCAACUUCCUGCAGAUGGCGGAGUGUGCGUACAAGCGUAUCCGGCGUCUGGACUCGUCUCCUGUCGACUUCGAGAGAUUCCGCACGGAGCUGGCGCAGACCAACGAGAUCCUCCGCGAGUCCAUGGGUCUGAUGAAGCGCAUCCGGGAGAUGUGCGACCACCGCCCGAGGUCACGACCAUGACCUGCCUCCAUCUUGGGUGCCAGAGACAAUGUCGGCCUCCAGGCUCAAUGACACAGACAGGCUUGUGUGAUUGUGUGUGAACAAGGUGAAAUAUUCCAGCUGGUCUGAUAUUGGCAGAGCAAGGUAGACAUCGUCGUGUGAUCGUGACAAUGAGGUCUGCACAGGUGUGUGUGAUUUUGACAAGUUAACCUUUGGCCGCAUUCCACCGGAUGGGGUCAAAGUGCGACUUUUAAGACACUCGCAAGUUAUCUACAAAUCUACACACCAAUCCGUGCCGAUGUGUGGUUUUUGUAGGAUGACAGCAUUUUUCUAAAGCUAAAGUUCUUGUCUCAAUGCAUGUAAACAUUUUGGACUACCAGGCAGCUGCACGUCCUGUCGUGGAGCAAAGAGUCACAAGAACCGACAAUGAAUAACCGCCAUUUUGACUUGUCAUCAUUGGAGUUUCUGUGUGUCGGUCGUUUGGACAGUAAACGCUUGGGAUUAGAAAACUUUCAAAGCAGACUUUAUAAUUUAAACAAAAUUUAAUUAGUUUUCGCUGGAAGAUGUACACACUUGAGGAUGUUUGACUUUCAGAUGGACAUGUCUCAUAUUUGAAUUGUGUUCAGCAGAGGGCGAGUCCCACACCCCAGUGUUCAGUAGUCAGAGAGGUCGCUAGGCAACCACCUCACGCCGUUUGUUGCCAGUUUAAAACAACAUGUCUCCAGGUCAGUGUCAGGUCAGUGCCAGGUUCUUGCUAUUGAUCUUCAUUUCCCACAGUUUCCUGUAGAGCCAGUAACAAAAAUCCUUCAUCUUUACUUUGAUGAGUUUUCAGAUGCCAGAAAUCAGAAAUGUGGGGUCCUAAUGCUGUCCCCCAGGCUGUUUACAAACAUUUUGUAGGUAGAUGUGACAUGAUCGACACAAUGCUGUGGUCAGAGCUGAUGGAAGGAGUUCAGUUUUCACACAUGGACACCAUGUCAUGUACACUAUGGCCUCACUAUCACAGCUAGAACUUAGAGUUCUGACAUCUUUGGUGCCAGUGAGUCAUGUCGUUAUGACAUGAGGGACAUACAAGCAUUUACACUACAAAACACGUGUUCAGCACCAGUCUGUAGGCAAAUGGACAUUGUCAUAGCAUUUUUAACUAACUAUAAUACUGUCAUCAGCCACAUGUUCUUACAAAAAGGACGUGACUAAUUACUUAUAUAUAUAGUAUGUUCAUUAUACGCUCAUCCAUCUUCUACAUACACACACCUACAUGCCGUUGAAACAUGGUUAGAGAGGAAGUGUGUUUGUAAUGGAAUUACUGGUAAUUAAUGACACUAUAAUUGUGGUUUGUAGUGUAGCAUCCUCAGAGAGGAUCUGUUGAGUGCUACUAGGGAGGAGGCUGUCUUCAACUUUGUCAAUGAUGUACAUAACGGAUUGUAUAUAGUACGACACGUGACAUAAUACGAGAGGUUAUUAUUUGUACAAUACACUAUGCAGGGUGUACAGUAUAUGAUACAGUAUGACACGUGAUAUACCUAUACGGUGCAUGAUGUAUAUUAUAUGCUACGUGAUGUGUGAUGUUAUUAAUACGUGAUGUGUGAUGUAUAGUACGUGAUGUAUGAUGUAUAGUACGUGAUGUGUCAUGUAUAGUACGUGAUGUGUCAUGUAUAGUACGUGAUGUGUCAUAUAUAGUACGUGAUGUGCGAUGUGUAGUAUGUUAUGUGUGAUGUAUAGUACGUGACCCAUGAUAAAAUGAUACAAUAUGUAUGAUGCACGAGCUACACCCUUUAUUUACAUUAAUGUCAGGGCCGUCAGUGCAGUGUACACAAGUUAAAUCCAAUGUAAACAAUGAGUCAGAAAACAUUUGAGGUUAUUUCCCGACUUGCAGAACAUAAGCAUCGGCGCUGGAGUAGCCAACUGAUAUGUAAAACCUGAGAUACUGUUUAUGUGUCCGUUAGUGACGUUGUAAAGGUCCAGCAACGUCUCGCGACUGUUUACAGGUGUAAAGUACGGGGUGUGGGAACUGUCAGACCACUGGUGCCGAGCUGUAUUGCGCCAAGUGUAAGUGUAUCACAGCGAGUGAAUGGUUUGAUUGUGAAGGCAACCGAUCGUGAGCGCACGCACAAAUGCAGAAAAGAUACAUUUACAUUUAAUUGGCGAGGUCGUGGGAAAGCAGUCGGGUGCAUUGACGGAGCGGGUGGGAAAACUGCGCUCAGACGCUGAUUCUCAGCGGGAAGAUCCAGCCACCCGUUGGUCUGUGGCCGGCUGGACCUCGUUUGUGAGUAAGUGUGAGUAUUUGUGAUUACACCGAGCGCCACUCUUGCGUCACUUGUACACAAGCUCGCGCAUGCGCAGAACGCCGUGUGAACAUAAGUCAACUGAGCGCGAGGGUCAGUCGGGGUCAGCCGUGAAACCUAUUUCUAAUUCGCUGACUAAUGUUUCUUACAAUCCCAGCAACACUCGCGAAAGUGACCUUCGGACGCCGCAGUGGGGUCAAGUGCUGCGACACCUGAUGCGACUCCCCCCACCACCACCACCACCACCUCCCCAGCAGAGCCAGUGUGAGGGGUCGGGGGUUGGAAUACGAGAUAUAAAAAGAAAGUUUGCUAGCGUGUGUGACAGUCUGCAUACAAUACCUGAUAUGACUGAAAGUCGUCCUGUCAAGUAGGGGAGAAGUGGUGUGGAGUCUACCCGGGACGAGUUAGGCGGGGUAGGUAGGGGGUUAUAGCGGGGUGGAGAAGAGGACAGCUAGUCCCGCUAUUUAAAUGUUUCGAUUGUCUGCAGGUUUGCGUGCACCAGGCGCGAGGAUGCUGACGACGCCAGCACGUAGACAUGGCAAAGCUGGAGGCACGGAGUCAGGGUGGGACGUUGGGAGCCUUCUCGCCUUCUGAUACCCCGCUGGCUGGGUGCUCGGGUUGUAGGGACACUUGUACGGUGGUGAUGGUGGUGGGAGGAACCUUAGGCAGGGGGACUACAGAUUUACGACACCAACCAUCGUCAAGUCGGCAGGUCGUCAGAGGUCGCCUCUGACAUCACAUCGUGUAACAUCGCUGUUUAUUGCUCUGUUGAGGCAGCACGUGCCCUCGUAACAGCAGGCUCGUGUGCCUUCUUUUCACGUAAAUCGCACAUAUGUGUUCAAAACUUAUUCUUUAUUUUAUUGUUGUGGAAUUUUUUUGAAAUGCAAGGCAUUUUUUCCCUUCUCGAUCAAAUGGGAUUUUGCCUACGGGAGGCGGGUAGACGAGUGGUCAGAACACUUGCAUCCGAACCCAGAGACACGUUAAUUGGAUCCUCAUGGGACACAAAGAACCCUCCCACUCCAGUCGACCCCGCUGUCGAGACUGGCGCCUGACUGUACAGAAAGUUGAGAAGAGGGGCGAGAAACGGGCCCUGCCCUCGCAAAAAGCUUUGUAAGCCGUCUCCCUGCUCCCCAGGGGAAGUGGAGGACAGGGUUCUUGCUCCUUGUCCUUUGCUCAUCACUGGUCAGAUGAUAAAGAGGACAGGAGUCUGAGUGUCUAUCUCACUGAUAGAAGGUCUCGGUAGCACCGGUUGAGUCCCUCCCGUCUCCCCUCCCUGUCAAUAGUGAUACUGGGAUGAUUUCUUGUUGAUAUUUGAAAACUUUUAAUAUAUGUGUUAUAUUCAUCUACAAAACACCGUAGUUACCUGCUUGAAGUGGUUUUCUGUGAUUAGAUACAAUCAUGUAAACAUAACUGUGAUGUUGACCUUCGUCUAAUAUUCCCACCUCGUUCAUAGGUGUGUUGUUUUCUGUGUUUACCUUUCUUCAAAUAUCAUCCUUUGCCAGCAUAUAUUUCAAGGUCCAAACCGUAUAAGUACCCUCUCUCUCUCACACACACACACACAGACACACAAAGCAUAAUAAUCUCCGUCCUGUACUUGCAACAUCAAUCUUUAUAUCUCCUUAAAGAAUUGUUUAAAAAAAAUAUUUUAGUUUUUGAAACGUCUAAAGUUUAUCUUUGAAUGUGUUCAAGUAAACAAUAUGUCUACCAUAGAGUUAUUUAUUAUUUCUCAGUAAACACGUAAUAACUUAUUUGAUGUCAACGCUCAAGAUCCUUUAUAACCCUGUUACUUCCAGAAAAGUAUUGUUGUCGCUGAAAUGUAUUAUUUGUACAUCUGAAAGCAAAGAUGAAUAUUAUUUAUGCCUUUGGUAGUUGGUAAGAACGACAACAGAAUGUGAUAUCUGUUGAAGCAGACUUGCAAACACUAGAUAACUUAUUUUACAGGGCGAGUACCACAAAUAACAAAACAUAUUUUAUCAAGAAAUAUGACAGGAGACUUAGGUUGUCUCCUGACAUAAAGUGGAGAUGAGGAUGGCGAGGAGCAGAGAGCUUGUCAUUCCUGUCACAUCACUGUGGCGGCCAGUGUCCUCGUGAUGCUGGCACUCAAUGUGUUCCACAACUGAAAACGGGUUCCAGACUGAUUGUUGUCGCCAACAUUCCUUUGCUGUGUUCGUGUGUCGACUAAUUUUAUUAUUACUGUGUUCAUACAGUUAAUAUAUUUCCGUGCACUGCUGGUUAAGUUUGGCCAAACUGUGUGAUUAGAUUUUUAUAAUAAUUAUAGUGUUUUCGAGAUAUUCAAUAAAAGUUUAUUUAAGAGUGCA